AUGAUGCAGGAGGGGCUGGACGACGGACCGGACUUCCUCAGCGAAGAGGAUCGAGGGCCUCGGGCGGUGAACGUGGACCUCCAGACUGAUGCCACACUGCAGGUCGACAUUUCCGACGCUCUGAGUGAGAGGGACAAGGUUAAGUUCACGGUCCACACAAAGAGCACGUUGCCGAACUUUAAGCAGAAUGAGUUUUCCGUGGUUCGACAGCAUGAGGAGUUCAUCUGGCUCCACGACUCGUUUGUGGAGAACGAAGAGUACGCAGGAUACAUUAUUCCUCCUGCUCCUCCGAGGCCGGACUUUGACGCCUCCAGAGAGAAGCUGCAGAAGCUCGGAGAAGGAGAAGGCUCUAUGACCAAAGAGGAGUUCACCAGGAUGAAGCAGGAGCUGGAAGCCGAGUACUUGGCGAUCUUCAAGAAGACUGUUGCGAUGCACGAGGUGUUUCUGUGCCGAGUGGCGGCUCACCCCGUCCUGCGCAAAGACCUCAACUUUCACGUGUUCCUGGAGUACGGACAAGACCUCAGCGUCCGGGGGAAAAACAAAAAGGAGCGACUGGAGGAUUUCUUCAAGAACGUGGUGAAGUCUGCGGACGGAGUCCUGGUUGCAGGAGUCAAGGACGUGGACGACUUCUUCGAACACGAGAAGACGUUCCUCCUGGAAUAUCACACCAGAGUGAAGGAUGCUUCUGCCAAAUCCGACCGAAUGAUCCGCUCCCACAAAAAUGCUGCAGACGACAUCAACAGAAUCGCCUCCACGCUGAACACACUGGGGACGCAGGACGGAACCGACCUCUGCAAGUUUUUCCUCAAAGUUUCUGAGCUGUUUGAGAAGACUAGGAAAAUUGAGGCUCGAGUUGCGGCCGACGAAGACUUGAAACUGGCUGAUCUGCUCAAGUACUAUCUGAGAGAGUCCCAAGCUGCAAAGGACCUUCUGUACCGCCGGAGUCGUGCUCUGGUGGAUUAUGAAAACGCUAACAAAACUCUGGACAAAGCUCGAGCGAAGAACAGAGACGUUCUUCAGGCUGAGACCAGUCAACAGCUCUGCUGCCACAAGUUUGAGAAGAUCUCAGACAGCGCCAAGCAAGAGUUGAUCGACUUUAAGACGAGGAGGGUAGCAGCUUUCAGGAAGAACCUGGUGGAGCUGGCAGAACUGGAGCUCAAACACGCAAAGGGGAACCUCCAGCUUCUGCAGAGCUGUCUGGGAGUUUUAAAAGGAAACACUUAG